UUCUCUCUCAAUGGUUGCCCUUACAAAGAAUAAUUCCAAGGCUAAUGUUGCUGGUGUAGUUGAUACAAUUAACAAGCGUGUUUCUGGUAAAAACUGGAAGGUACAAAAAAAUGCUACUGUUCGUACCCAGAUGCCCAAGUCUCUUCGUAAGAAUUGGGAACAACGUACAAAGGAACGUGCCAGCCAAGCCUCUUCCAAGGCUCUCGAGAAAUCAUUAAAGGCCGAGAAGCAAGCUGUCAAGGAUGUAAGAGCACACAAACAAUUUUAACAAAGUAAUGGUUACUCAUUUUUAUUUUUUAGGCCAAGAAAGCAGUUAGCUUAGA